AAAUUUUCCAUUAUUACUAACUACCGUUCCUUCUAUUUCUCUCUGUGUGUGUUUGUGCGGAGAUGGCAAUCACAGGAGCAUCGAGCUCGGGAGGGGCCAAAGACGGGACGUCGGAUUCAUCAUCCGUUGCCAGAAGGAACUCCAAGAAACCCAAAUAUUCAAGGUUUACGCAGCAAGAGCUUCCUGCUUGCAAACCAAUUUUAACGCCAGGAUGGGUCAUUACAACUUUUAUUUCUAUUGGAGUUAUCUUCAUUCCUAUUGGCCUUGCUUCCUUAUUUGCAUCAGAACGGGUUGUGGAAAUUAUUGACCGAUACGAUGAGGAUUGCGUUCCUCUUAAUUAUACCUACAAUAAGCUUGCAUAUAUUCAAAGUAGUGAAACUAACAAGACGUGUACUAAGAGAUUGAUUGUUUCUAAGCAAAUGAAAAGUCCUGUCUAUAUCUACUAUCAACUUGAUAACUUCUAUCAGAAUCAUCGCCGAUAUGUUAAGAGUAGAAGUGACAAACAAUUGCGGAGCAAGGCGAGCGAGGAUGACACAAGUACCUGUAAACCUGAAGCCGUCACGGAAAAUAACUCUCCAAUUGUUCCUUGUGGCCUCAUUGCUUGGAGUUUGUUUAAUGACACAUAUGGAUUUUCAGUGAAAAACAAGGUGCUAGAGGUCAGCAAAAAGAACAUAGCAUGGAAAAGUGAUCAAGAUAAUAAAUUUGGCUCUGAUGUCUAUCCAAAAAACUUUCAAAGUGGAGGUUUGAUUGGGGGUGCCAAACUUAAUGCAAGCAUACCUUUGAGUGAACAAGAGGAUCUUAUUGUUUGGAUGCGAACUGCGGCACUGCCAACUUUCAGAAAACUGUAUGGGAAAAUAGAGACAGACCUCGAAGCUAAUGAUGAAAUAACAGUUGUGAUACAGAACAAUUACAACACUUACAGUUUUGGUGGCAAAAAGAGGCUGGUUCUUUCAACCACAAGCUGGAUUGGUGGCAAAAAUGAUUUCCUGGGUGUAGCCUAUCUUACUGUCGGUGGACUGUGCUUGUUCUUGGCUAUUAGCUUCAUACUUUUGUACGUGAUCAAACCAAGGCCUCUUGGGGACCCAUCCUACUUGUCAUGGAACAGGGGACAUACGAGUUAAACCUUUUAAGAUAUGUCCCGCCUCGUAUGUUCUAAUUUUUAAGCAUUAAACAAUCUUAAGAAGCCGAGCCUUAUUUAUGUUUGAAACAAUGUAUUUUGAAUGCAUAUAGAGCUCUGCUGUUAUCGAGAUUUUUGUAUUCUAAGAAGCAAUGGCAUUGCUCUAAUUUUGUGCAAGGAUAA